AUGGCUUCCGCACGACGACAUCGUGUGGGCUUUCACAACUUGAAACCACUGAGUUUAACAGAGAAUUCAGACAGUAGCAGCGGAACUUACUAUAUCCAACCCACCCCGGAGAAAAAGUCGAAACGAUGUCCAAAUCUGUGCACGAUGUUUUGGAUAUUUCUUGUGUUUUGCGUGAUCUUUGUGUUGGGUGGUUUCGUGGGGUAUUACCUUCGGGAAGCCACCAGCGAGGAGCACGGUGACUCGGCGUCGGACGGUCCCCGGCAAACGGACCACUUCGCCGGGCGGAAAAAUCCGCUGUGGUUAGACCGUGAGACGACGUUGACGGUACACGAAAACACCAUGUACGGCAUCACUGGAGAAAGUAUAGCAAAGAAUUUAAGACAUUUGCCAGGUUAUGCGAAUACAAUGUCAGGAGGUGAAUGGGAUAAACUCUCGGCUUUAAAGGUGAAGGUCAUGUUAGAGAAGUUGCGCUUCGACCAUGUCGAGCUUCACCAACACCAGGUGGCACUGUCGUUUCCGGACCCCAAAAACCCGAACAAGAUCCAGAGGUUGAAUUCGCAAGGAGAAAUCAUGGAGGAGAUUUCCCUGGUUCAGAAGAGAGCCACUCCUCAGAGUGGAGGGGAAAAUGUCACUGAUAAAAUAUGGGAACAUGAUCUUUACCCUGAUCCUUAUGUGGCAUUUUCUGGAACAGGCUCUGUCAAAGGACCUCUGGUGUAUGGCCAUUAUGGCAGGGUUCAGGAUAUUGCCAUGUUACACAGACGUAAGAUCAACACCACAAAUGCUGUAUUCCUCGUUCGGUUGGGAGAAAUCCCUGUAGAAGACAAGAUUUCCUAUAUAAAGGAAGCUGGAGCCAAAGCAGUCCUAUUUUACUGGGAUCCAGUGGAUACUUUUGCCAACUCUACCAAAAGCGGAUAUUCCCAUAUUCCUUAUGCUUCUAUUGACUCACAAAUCUUUAAUGAAGAAGAACAUAUACUAGCACAGACAGUUUCCAUGGAAACAGCAGAAGUGUUGCUAAGGGACCAAGUUGGGAGUCAGGUGCCAUCUUCUUGGAGUGGAGGGCUGAAUGUCACUUAUCGUCUUGGCAACAAAGUGGGCAAACCGUUUGUGCAACUGACAGUCACUAAUAAGAUUGAGAAGAAGUUUAUAUACAAUGUGGUGGCAACAAUACAUGGCUCUAUUGAACCAGAUCGAUAUGUCUACAUCGGAGCGCCGAGGACAUCUUUUCCUGACGUUGCCAUGGAAACCAAACUGAGCACGGCCAUGUUAAUCUCGACAGGCCAAGCACUUCACGAUAGCCUGUCUCUCACAUCUGUACACUGGGUGCCCAGACGAACAAUAAAACUCUGUUCAUGGGGAGGCGCAGAAUUUUCAGACCUGGGCAUGAAGCUGUAUUUACAGAAACGAAAGAAUGUGUUGUUAUCCAAAGCUGUGGUGUAUCUAGACUUGGGUCAGCCGGUCCGUGGAAACCAGACCCUCAACGUCACGGCAGCUCCCUCUCAGCAGGCGCUGAUUUACGCAGCAGCAACAAGGGUACCAGAUGCUGUUAAGAACCAGCUGACCCUAUAUAGGGUGUGGUCUGAGUGGGAGAAGCUAUCAACAGGCAUGCCCACCCCAUCUCUGUCCUACUACCCCACAGAGGACAGAACCUACCCAAUGUUUGAUACCCUGGGGGUGUCCAGCAUUAGCUACCAGUAUGCCCCUACCCACAACUUCCAUUUUGUAAGUAAGAGUUGA